CACAAGCGCUCUACAUUCUGGAGAUAGAAAUGGGUUCUUCUUUACUUUGUGAUCUCCAGCCAAGCUAAUACUAACACAUUUAAUAUUUCACUUCCACUUAAAUAUUCCAUUUUAUUUUUAAUUUCUGUAUUUAUUUUCAAUGUUUUUUCUUAAUUGACAUAUAUAAAAAGUUUCAUAUCAGACUGUUGUCACAGUCUUUUUUCAAUCAAUAUCAGACCAGACGACAACAAAAUGGCUCAAUUUCUAUCAACAUACUUCUUAGUUUUGCUUUCAGCACAACUGGUCAAAUCCUCUGGUGUGUUUGAGUUGAAAGUGCACUCUUUCACAACCAGCAACAGCAGUGUGUGUAAACAUAACAGAGACUGUGACGUUUUUUUCCAUGUUUGUCUGAGCUACACACAGGAUGUCAUAUCAUAUAGACUGGGAUGUUCAAAUGGCACUGGAGUGUCAGUAACAUUUAGCACAGGCCAGAGCUUCAUCUCCACUUGUGCACCAAUAAGUGUGCCUUUUAAUUUAAGGCAGCAGGGAACAGUCUCGGUGAUAAUUCAAGCAUGGGAUGCAGAGUCCUCCAAUGAACAGCCCACAGAAAAUCUAAACAAUAUUGGCCACUUCGCCACCAAAAUAAAUCUUACUAAUAGUCAGAAAUGGUCCCAGCAUGUGCAUCUCGGAGAACAAAGUGAACUACGCUUGAGCUACCGUGUAGUUUGCAAUAAAUUCUACUAUGGCGAUGACUGCCUUUCUUUCUGCCGUUCACGGGAUGACGUGUUCGGUCACUUUACCUGUGACAACGCAGGCAAUAUAAUUUGCUUGCCUGGAUGGAAAGGCGAAGAGUGCAAAGAGGCUAUCUGCUCAUCUGGCUGUAGAGAGGAACAUGGUUAUUGUGAGGCCCCUGGUCAGUGCAAGUGCUUUGAAGGGUGGCAGGGCCCCCAUUGUGAUGAGUGCAGACGUUACCCAGCGUGCGUACACGGCACCUGUGAACAUCCCUGGCAGUGCAAUUGUGAAGAAGGAUGGGGUGGUCUGUUUUGCGACAUGGAUCUUAAUGUCUGAAUUCUGUAUUUAUUCUAAUAUUAUCGCUACUAUGGGAAAGAAAACACUUGAAAUAAAAAAAAAAAAAUCCUUGAAUUAUGCUGUUCUGUUAUCAGUGACUAUGCCAACUGGCAACUGUGUGCACUGUGCAUCUACUUGAGAUCAAGGGAACAUUUCAACAGCAAAUGUGCUUUAAAUACCAAAUACACCCAAAAUUAUAUUAUCGUGACGCCUGCUGGUAGAUGUCGGAACUACAUCACAUUGCAGAAAAGAGCAUCUUUCUCCAUUGACAGUCAUUCAAAAAACUGUUGUCUGACUGCAUUUUUUCGCAAUCAAUGGGUCAUGAAUAUUUUACUUUUAAUAUACAAGAUGUUUUGCCAGUGACAUUUUGAGAGCUCUUAAAAGUGCUCAUUCGUAUAUGUUUUUUAGGAAAUUGAAACGUUUUUGAAACAAUUCUUUUGUUCUAUGCAAUAAUUUACUAGGGUACUAACACAAAAUAAUUUGACUUAAAAUUACCUAUAUAUAUAUAUAUAUAUAUAUAUAUAUAUAUGAUAAUUCAUACUCAGAAAGUAGAACAGAAAUAACAGUUGAAACUAUUCAAAAUGCACCUGUUGACCAUAGGGCCAUGUAUUUGGUUAUUGAGAAUUUGAAAGUCACUCCCUGCUCUUGACAGAAUAGCAUUUGUAGCUUUUAUAAGAAUUUAUGUAAAGAAAAUUGUGCCUU